AUGGAGCUCGUUGUGCACUUGUUUGACGAGCAGGGGGAGAAACGAGACAAGUUCAAAACGAAGCCCGCCGAGGCACAUUCCACGCAGCUGUAUGUCGUGCGGGCCAUGGCCUUCUCGCCCGACUCCAUGCGGCUGGCCAUAGCCCAGAGCGACAACAUCGUGUUUGUGUACAGGCUGGGCCUGGACUGGGGCGACAAGAAGAGCAUCUGCAACAAGUUCGUCCAAGCCUCACCCAUCACCGCCCUCGCGUGGCCCUUCGGCCGCCAGAACGAGAUCGCCUUCGGCCAGCUGGAUGGCAAGAUGAAGCUGGGCUCUCUCAAGAGCAACAAGCCGUACAGCCUGUACGCCCACCCCGAGGGCAGCCCCGUGGUGUCCCUGGCGGGCAGCCCCAACGGCAAGGUGGUGGUGGCGGGCCACGCGGACGGCAGCGUGUGGAAGUUCCAGUUCCCCGAGGACGAAGGGUCGCCGGCAGGACAUGCACAGGUCGCGCGGCACGCCUGCGCACCCAACGCACUGGCGUGCGGAGAGGCGAUCGUGGCGUCCGGCAGUGACAAGAAGGUCGUCUUCUACAGCUACUCUGGGCAGCGCCUUCAAGAAUUCGACUGCUCAGAAUCUGGAAACGGCGCGGAGCUUUCUGUGGCGGUGUUCAACCCCUCAGGCGACUCUGUGGUGUUGGGAAGCUUCAACAAAUUCAUGUCCUUCAGCUACGUCUCCAGGGCGGAUUCGUGGGAGCAGAUGGGCACCAAGGAGAUACCAAAUAUGUACAACAUCACAGCUGUAGCUUGGAAGCCCGACGGCUCCAAGAUUGCGGUGGGGUCUCUGACGGGCUGCGUCGACAUCUAUGAUGUCUGUGUCCGGAAGAACCGCUACAAGGGAAAGUUUGAGUUCACAUACGUCAGCAGGAGCGCGGUCAUCGUAAAGACACUGGCGUCAGGAACAAGGGUCGUUCUGAAGUCCGUAUAUGGAUACGAGAUCGAAAAAAUAAACAUAUACCAGGACCGAUACCUCGUGGCCAGGACCUCGGACACGCUGCUUUUGGGCGACCUGGACACGUGCAAACUGAGCGAGAUUCCGUGGGGCCAUCCUCCCGGGAGCGACAGAUUCCAUUUCGAGAAUGAGAAGGUGUGCAUGAUAUAUGCCUCGGGCGAGCUCACCCUGGUGGAGUACGGGCGCAACGACAUCUUGGGAUGUUGCCGAACGGAGCACAUGAGCCCCUUCCUCGUGAGCGCGGUGGUCGCAGACGCCAGGGGGGCUGCUCCGGCCGUUAAGCGCGUGGCCUACCUGGUGGACCUGCAGACCAUUCGGGUGCUGGACCUCGUUGCCGGGGUUGCGCUGGCGACCGUCAACCACGACGCCAAGAUCGAUUGGCUGGAGCUCAGUCAGCGCGGUUCCCACAUCCUUUUCCGAGACAAGAAGCGCCAUUUGAACAUGUACGACGUGAGCCGCCAAGACUGCUCCACCCUCCUGGAGUUUUGCCAAUACGUGCAGUGGGUGCCGUCGAGCGACGUGGUGGUGGCCCAGAGCCGCGGGAACCUGUGCGUCUGGUACAACAUCAAGAAUCCCGACCAGCAGACGGUGCAUCCGAUACAGGGAGAAGUGGAGGACAUCGAGAGAGCGAACAACAGAACAGAGGUCAUCGUGGAUGAGGGUAUCAACACCAUCAGCUACGCCCUGGACGAGGCCCUCAUCGACUUUGGCUCCGCCCUCGAGGACUGCGACUUCCAGAGGGGCAUCGAGAUCCUUGAACCGCUAGAGCUGACGACGGAGACGGAGGCGCAGUGGCAGCAGCUGGCGGAGGUGGCGCUGGCCAAGGGGGAGAUCGACCACACCCGGCGGUGCUACACGGCCAUAGGCAAUAUCGCCAAGGCCAGGUACCUCAGGAAGGUGCGUGCCUGCGCGGACGCCGUCUCGAGAAGCACCGGCGCCAACGGCCUGGAGUCCUACCAGGUGCAGUCCAUGCUGGCCGUCUUGGGGGGCCAGUGGGCCCAGGCGGAGCGCUUCCUGCUCACCCAGGGCGGCGUGGACGCGGCCGUGGCCAUGUACACGGAGGCGCACCGUUGGGAGGACGCCAUCCGGGUGGCGGAGUGCCACCACCACGAGGAGACCGACAGCCUGAAGAGGAGCUACUACCAGUGGUUGCUGGACAGCGGGCAAGAAGCGGAGGCGGCCGGGGUUAGGGAGGCUGAGGGCGACUACCUGACGGCCAUCAGCCUGUACCUGAAGGGGUGCCUGCCCGCCAGAGCCGCAGAGGUGGUGCUGGCGCACGACGCGGCUUACGACCCUCCCUUGCUGGACUCCAUCUGCUCCGCCUUGGCCAAGGCGGGCCUCCACGAGAAGGCGGGCGACCUGUACGCCCACCUGCGUCGAUAUGAGGAGGCCCGGGACGCCUACUGCCGCGGCUGCGCUUACCGCAAGGCCGUGGAGCUGGCCAGGCACGAGUUCCCCGCGGAGGUCAUCGUGCUGGAGGAGGAGUGGGGGGACUGGCUGAUGGGCGUGAAGCAGCUGGACGCCGCCAUCAACCACUACAUCGAGGCGGGGCAGUCUGUGAAGGCGGUGGAGGCUGCCCUGGAGUGCCGCCAGUUUGCGAAGGCCGCGGGGAUCAUUGAGUUCUUGGAUUCCGCAUCCGCUGGUCCGUACUACAAACGCAUUGCAAGCCACUUCGAGAGAGCCAAGAGCUACGAGGAGGCCGAGCGCUACUACAUAAAGGCUGACGCUGCGUCGUCGGCAGUUGAGAUGUACAAUCGAGUGGGGAAAUGGGAGCAAGCACACAAAAUCGCGAUGGGGUACCUCACAGACGGCGAAAUGCACUCCCUUUACACCAGGCGGGCGCGCGAGAUGGAGGCCGCCUCCAAGUUCAAGGAAGCGGAGCGGAUGUACCUCACCAUCAGCGAGCCUGACCUGGCCAUCAACAUGUACAAGAAAGCGCUGCUGUACGACCACAUGAUCCGCCUGGUGUCCCUGCACCGCAAGGACCUGCUGGCGGAGACGCACGGCCACCUGGCGCAGCAGCUCGAGUCCGAUGGCAGCCUGAAGGAGGCGGAGCGGCACUACGCGGAAGGCGGCGACUGGAAGGGCGCGGUGCACAUGUACCGUUCCGCGAACAUGUGGGAGGAGGCGCUGAGGGUGGCCAAGACCUACGGCGGCGUGAACGCGUCCAAGCAGGUGGCAUACGCUUGGGCUGUAAGCUUGGGCGGCGAUGAGGGCGCCCAGCUGCUGAAGGCGCUGGGACUCAUAGACCAGGCAAUCGACUACGCCGUCGAAUCUGGCGCGUUCGCCCACGCUUUCCAACUUGCCAGGUCUUGCGGCAGCGGCAAGCUUCCCGAUGUGCACCUGAAGUACGCGAUGUACCUGGAGGACGAGGGGCGGUUCAAAGAGGCCGAGCAGGAAUUCAUCAGUGCCGGACGUCGUUUUGAUUUGCAGCUGUGGGAGAACGCGGUGAAUGUCGCCAUGACCCACCAGAGGAACCGGCUCCAUCAUGUCGUGGACACCGUAUCUCAUAAUCUCAUGCGCAUUGGAAGGUACGAGGCGGCGGCCGAGCUCCAUGAAGGCAUCGACGACGUCCAGGGCGCCGCGAAGGCGUAUUGCCUGGGCGGGAAUUUCGAAAAGGCGCGGGCGGUGGCGGGGGGAAACGCCGGUCUCAGGGCCUUUGUGGAAGAGCGGUACAACCAGCACCUUGUGUCCAACAGGAACGCUGACGCGCUUGCGUCACGGGGACAGGCCGCGCAGGCCUUGGAAAUGUAUGCUCAGCAGGGGGAAUGGGACAAGGUUUACGCCCUGGCAGAAGCCCAGGGGCCGGGAGUUUCCGCCAAGUGCGCUGCACGGCACGCGCGACUUAAAGUAAGGCAGGGAGAAUUCUGCGAGGCCGCGUCCAUCCUGGCCACGCGGGGCACCGAUGCGGAUCCUUCCAAUCUGGAUCUGUACUGCCACAUCGCCAGGCAAGUCCUGGAGCUGCCCCAGGCGCAACGGUCGGAUGUGGGUGAAAGAGGCAUUGCGUUGGUGAUGCGCAGGUUGCUGGAAGAGGUCAGGAAUUCCGGGAGCGCCUCGACGGCUGCGGAGGCGGAGUUGACGCGCCUGUCCUGGGCGGCGCACUACCUCUCCAUGGUGAACGUCUCGAUCGAGGAGGGAUGGGAGGAGAUGGCGGCGAAGCAGGCCACCUCGCUGCUGAGAUACAUAGACGUCGUGCCGGCGGACAAGGUGGCGAUCUAG